CGGAGACGACUGGGUGCGCCCACAUAUCCCUGCACCAACCUCGCUUCCUUUCCCUCACUUUGUACGCAAAAGGGAAAGCACAUAAACGACGGUCAAUAUGAGCAAGCAUAAACUUGACGACGAGGCCGCUCUAUUGGCCAAGCAGGAGCGGAAGAGGAGGAAGAGAGACCGCAAGGAAGCCCUGCGACUGCAAGAUAUCACACCCUCUUCAACGGACGCUACAGCCAACUCAACUCCAGCCCCAGAAGAUAAAGUCUCCGACAAUGCUAAAGCCAACGGCAAUACCGUCAACAAGCCUGUAUCAGCUCUUGGUACACUGCGACAAGCCGAAGUCGAUAACUUCUUGAAAACACAAUCUGUGCAGAUCUUCGACCCACAGAAUACCAACGUACAACCUCUCCUCGCCUUUUCACACCUUCCCCAAGAGUUGGCCUCUCAAUUCUCGAGCAUCUUCUCCUCCUUCCAAAAGCCCUCGUCCAUUCAGUCUGCCGCUUGGCCCUUCCUGUUGUCCGGUCGAGAUGUGGUUGGGGUGGCGGAAACAGGCAGUGGGAAAACACUUGCCUUCGGGUUGCCUCUUGUUGUCCGUCUCACAUCUCUCGAGAAGAAGAAGGGAAUCAGGGCUGUCAUUGUCGCACCCACGCGGGAACUGGCGAUCCAGGUCUUUGAACAAUUGGACAAGCUCAGCAAAACAACUCAGAAGCUCAAGGCGGCAUGUAUAUACGGAGGGACCAACAAAGACGAACAGCGCCGCAGUUUGCAAGGGGCGAAUAUUGUCGUUGCAACUCCGGGUCGACUGAAGGACUUCAUGUCGGACGGAACGGUCGAUGUAUCUAAAACGAGGUAUCUGGUCCUGGACGAAGCAGAUCGGAUGCUCGACAAGGGCUUCGAAGACGACAUCAAACAGAUCAUUUCCCAGAUGUCUUCUUCGAAGAAGCGACAGACCGCAAUGUUUACCGCCACAUGGCCGAAGUCGAUCCGCGAGCUGGCGGCAACGUUCAUGCAGCAACCGGUCAAAAUCACCAUCGGCCGCGAGGAUACCGAUGACUCGGGAGAAUUGAGGGCCAACACGCGUAUCGUCCAGAAAGUCGAAGUCAUUGACGGCUCUGAAAAGCAGCAGCGUCUUUUGCAGUUGUUGAAGCAGCAUACUGCGGGCCAAAAGCGCAACGAUCGCAUCCUGAUAUUCUGCCUGUACAAAAAGGAGGCUCUCCGGAUUGAGAACUUCAUCCGCUCGCGGGGGUUCAAUGUCGCCGGAAUCCACGGCGACAUGUCCCAGUCCGCACGGAUCAACAGCUUAGAAUCGUUCAAGUCCGGCGCCACGACGCUCCUCGUGGCUACCGACGUGGCAGCACGGGGGCUGGACAUCCCCGAGGUGAAACUCGUCAUCAAUGUAACAUUCCCCUUGACCGCAGAAGACUAUGUCCACCGCAUCGGCCGCACGGGCCGCGCUGGCAAGGACGGUCUUGCAAUCACUUUCUUCACCGAACAGGAUAAGGGCCUGGCAGGCUCGCUGAUCAACGUCUUGAAAGCUGCCAAGCAAGACGUUCCCGAAAAUCUGUUGAGGUUCGGCACCACGGUCAAGAAGAAGGUCCAUAGUGAGUAUGGUGCCUUCUAUCGGGAGGCCGAGGAAGGAGAGAAGACGACCUCGACGAAAAUCACGUUUGAUGAUUAAUGGAAAGUUUCAAAAAGUUGAUCAUUUCGAAGCCUCACGUGUUGAUUCCGUUGAAGAGGGUUUCAAGAAGUCGGGAAUCUUUGCAGCGAGGCGUUGCGGGAGGAUAGAUUCGAGGAGCUGGAGGAGGAAUUCGCGCUCGGCGAUGAGACUAGAAUUUAGACGGACUCGUUAGACACGGGAGAAACUUGGACGACCAUGAAGACUAGAGGUUCAGACUCCCCAACAAGAAAUGCCGAAAAGAGUGCGGAACUCACAUGGUAGAACCCAAGACCACCACGCCACUGAUCCAAGCCCCCAGAAACUGGAGAUCCAACUGCCCCUUUCCCGCCUCUGGUGUCGUGAAUGAGCCGCCCAUUUUCAGCCCGAGCAUCACCAGCAGCGUGACAGCGAUGGUCGCCUUUGCUGGCACCGCAUCCCUGACCAUCAUCGCCUUUGCCCACCCCUUUUGCCCGGACUCGUCCUCGCGUUGGGUGAGCCAGGCUCUCAAAAACCACGAGCUCCACAAAAUCCUCAGGCCCAUAUUCACCAUGUUCGCGCCCACGAGGCCAACGCUGCCCGUCCCCCACACCCUCAACAUGGCCCAUGCCGCGACCCCGUAAAUCCCCGUGAACACCAGCAUCCAGAGACUCUGGCUCCGCAGCUGCGCCGGCGAAGCGACGCUUGUGACGAAUGCGUCGAGAAUACCGUUGAGCGCCAUGAGUGGGAUGUAGUAGCAGUAGGUUGAGAGGAGAAGAGAUGUUGAUGGGGUGCGCCAUUGGGGGGAGAGGACGUAGGGGAUGAGGAGAGGG